UUGUUUGAAUUUGAUUGAUAAUUAAACGUGUUUUCUCAGUAUUUACACCGUUACUGUAAAAUUAAAUAAAUCAAUAUUGAACUUGAAUAUUCUCACAUAAGUAGAUCGAAAAUUUAUAACCUUAAAAUGGCACAAACAAAUAUAGACGACACCGUAACAAGAUACGAAAAUUUCAUAAACGAAGUACUAAAAGAAGACCUCAGAGAACUAGAAACGAAAUUAGAGUUUUUUAAUAAUGAAGUUUCAGAUUUAAUACAACAGAAGCACACAUUAAAAGUGUUAACAAACAAAAAUAUUCAUCCCACCGGUUUCAAGACACAAGUUAACGUUGGUUGUAAUUUCUUCAUGGAGGCGUCAGUGUCCAAAACCGAUACGUUGCUUGUGAACAUCGGAUUGAAUCACUACAUAGAAUUUAAAUUAUCAGAAGCCAACAGAUUUUUGGAGGCGAGAAUAAAGUAUUAUGAAAAAAAAUCUCACGAGGUACGUCUCAGGGCAGCACAGGUUUCUGCACACAUUAAGUUGAUGUUAUACGGUAUUUCCGAAUUACAAAACAGAAACAAUAGUGAUGGUUCUAGUACUUAAAGCAACUGUGUGAAUAAUGUGGAGUAAAACUGUUAUUAUGUUCGGUGUACUAUGUUUCAUAGAAUUUUUAUUAAGAUAAAUGUAUUUUAGUUUGUAAAAUCAGGAACGAUGUAUAUUCAUUUAAGUUUCGUAAAUGACUAAAUAAUAAGUCAGUUAUGGUGCAGUGGUUAGCGCCUCUGACUGUGUCGCUGAGGGAUGUGGGUUUGUUUCCCACAUUGAGCAAUUAUUCGUGUGAUGAACAGGUUUGUUUCCUCUUCGUCUGGGUGUUUAUUAUCUAUAUAUUUAACUAUAUGUCAGUCUCUAGUACCCAUAACACGGAACCCUAGUUUGGGGCCACAUAAUUGUAUUAUUUUUUCUCAGUAAUUUAUUUUUAUUAUUUAUUUACUGGUGUGUCAUAAUUGUAUUAAUCACAGACAUUUGGUAUUGAGUUUGGAAUGAAAAAAAUUGUUGUUUAUUUGUCCCACUAACAAAUAAUUAGCAUUGAUGAUUAAUUGAGUGUUCAUUUGGGAUAUUUUUAUAAUUUUGCAUUAAAUUUGGUGUUGGAUUGAUGACAUUGUCCUCAGUGAUUGAGAGUGAUGUUAAUACCAUAUUUGCGCUUCAUAAUACUCCAAAAUGGGGAUGUCUUUGUGUUAACCUAUAUUUAUAUGUGUUCAUUUUAGUAUUCAAGUUGAAUGAUAACUGAUAGAAAAUUAUUAUUCAAAUUUAGGUAACAGUAAGGAGUAAAGAAAGCAGUUGUCUUGCUACAUACAAUAUAUUUAUAAGAUGUUGCAAAAUUAUUACUGAUGUAGUCUGUUGUAUUUAUUGCAUGACUGUCAUUUUUAAUCGUAAACAGUACAUUGUUACUAUUUAUCUUUUUAAAUAUGUGAACAGUUCUCAAAUAAUAAUUCUUUACAUUUCUAUUUGUUUCAUAACAUUUCAUAAUUGAAGUUGAAUAGAUUGGCUGUCUACUUAGGUGCCUUUUUCAUUAAAACAAACUAUUCUGUAUGUAGGAUAGCACGGCAGCUACAUCAUAAUAAUAUAAUGUAUUGAAUUAUUCUCUCACUUAGAUAUUAUAUUUUUUACAGCUGUUCUAAAGCCUAAAAUAAACCUAUUUACAGUGCAGUAUAACUUCAGCAAAUCAAUAUUAGAUCAAUAUUAAGACUAAUGUAGUGUUUUUGAUUGCAUAAAGCACCCUAAUCUCUUAGCAAGGUUAGAAAUCGCCAGAAUCAAUCUAAAUUAUAAUAUUAUAUCACUACAUCUGACACAAAUUUUAAAUUAAAAUUUAACAAGGAACCCAUAGUAGAAGUUCUGCCCAUCUCUAUUUAGCACACAAGCUUUUGAAAUUCUAUUAUUCUACCUAUACUUUAGUAAAACUACUAUUUCCUAAUAAAGUAUCCAAUUAUUAAUCUAUUCUAGUCUACUAUCCUUGUGAAGUAUGUAUCAAAUGUAUUAAUUCAUUUUCUAAUAGGAAACCAACAGUGUCACAUUAGUUAUUUAUUCUAGCAGUUAUUCAGUUAUGUAAUUCAUAUUCUGUCAAACCACUUGUUUAAUGUUUUUAAUGAAAUUAUAUUAUGGGGAUCUGUUGAUGUGAUAAUAAUUUAAUUAUGUAUUUGUAUAUACAUUGUAUAUAAAUUAAUUUUAAGUGUAGACUGAAAUAAGAAAGUCAUAAGCUAAGAUGAUGUGUAGACUCAUUCCUAAAUUAUAAAAAUAACCAGUACUGACUUUGUGGUAGCAAUUUUUCAAAUGUAAAUAAUGUAGUUUUAAAAUUGAUCAAACUUAUUAGUUUUUGUGUAAGCUUAUAAAUCAAGUUGCCAUUUCUAGGUCAAAACUAUUAUAUAAAUAUCUAAGAAAAGUUUGGAUUAUCAAAGAAUUUGUGAAAUUUAGUAAACUCUUAGUACAUAGUACCAGUGAGCAUUAAAAACUCGCACACGUCAUUAAAA